AUGGGACUAUCUGAAGACCCGGGUACCGACCAGGCAUGGGCAAGCUGCCCCAACAACAGCGCCGAAGAUGUCGAUGCGGCCGUUGAAGAUUCACACGCUGCCUUUGAGGAGUUUCGCAAAGUGAGCUCGCGCCAGCGGGCCAAAUGGCUACUCAAGUGGUACGACUUGACUACCCAGGCCCGGGAUGACCUGGCCCAGAUCGUCACCCAUGAAACCGGAAAGCCCUUGGCAGAGGCCUAUGGCGAGCUGGAUUACUCGCUGGGUUUCCUGUGGUGGUUUGCGGGCGAAGCGGAGCGCAUUCAGGGUACCGUGUCGGUCCCUGCGGCGCCGAACCGCCGGCUGUUUACUAUCAAGCAGCCGAUCGGCGUGGCCGCCGCGCUGGUGCCAUGGAACUUCCCCGUCGCCAUGGUGUUACGGAAGGUCGGUGCCGCGAUGGCUGCCGGAUGUACGAUGGUGGUGAAGCCUAGCCCCGAAACACCCAUCUCAGCGCUGGUGCUGGCCGAGCUGGCGCGUCGCGCCGGGGUCCCGGCCGGUGUGUUGAAUGUGCUGACGACAGACUUGGAGAACACCCCGUCGCUGAGCGAGGCGCUGUGCAAGCAUCCACUCGUCAAGAAGGUCACCUUUACUGGCUCGACGCGGGUGGGCAAGCUGGUCGCCACACACUGCGCCCAGGGCCUGAAGAAGCUGACUCUCGAGCUGGGGGGCAACUGCCCCUUCAUCGUCUUCGAUGAUGCCAACCUCGACCAAGCUCUCGACCAGCUCAUGGCGCUGAAGUGGCGCCAUGCUGGCCAGGCUUGCAUUACUGCUAACCGCAUUUACGUCCAAGCCGGCGUUUACGAUCGCUUCGCCUCGCUCUUGAAGGAGCGGACUAGUGCUUUGGUCGUCGGCCACGGCGCUUCUGCUGACACCACCAUGGGCCCAUUGACCACACCCCGCAGCAUCGACAAGGCCGUCGCCCAGGUGGAGGAUGCUCGCAACCGCGGCGCGCAGGUCAUCCUGGGUGGCAAGCCUUUGACCUCGCAGAAGGGGUACUUCUUCGAGCCGACCAUCCUAUCCGGAAUGACGGAAGAGAUGCAGAUCUCGCAGGAGGAGUCGUUCGCCCCCAUCGCAGCGCUGUACCGCUUCGAGACGGAGGCCGAGGCAGUAAAGUGGGCCAAUGCCACCAGUAUGGGAUUGGCUAGCUAUGCGUUCACUAAGAACAUCGAUCGCAUGUGGCGGCUGCUGGAGAACCUGGAGGCCGGCAUGAUCGGAAUGAAUACAGGUGCGUGUUCCCGGGAGACCCACCCAUUUUCGAUCUUCGCUAACCCAGCUGACCGCACAGGAAACCAAUCGGCCGCCGAGUCGCCCUUCGGCGGCAUGAAGGAGUCUGGGUACGGCAAGGAGAGUGGGAAGGACGUCGCUGUGAACGAGUUUCUGGUGACCAAAACGGGAACCCUGACGAUCGAGGGCCAGUACUGA